AUGGGUGCAACGGAACUAUUGGGACUUCCAUUGACUCCUGCCUACUCAGAAGCCUCAGGGGAUAAAGUGCUUCACGGAGUAAACUAUGCCUCAGCUGCUGCCGGAAUCCUUGAUGCCACAGGCAGAAACUUUGAUGACCAAAUUGGAAACUUGGAGAACACGCUGAAUCAAAUAACUGCCAAUCUUGGAGCUGAGCUAUGGUUCUUUGUUGGCAUGGGCAGCAAUGACUACUUAAACAACCACCUUAUGCCUAACUACCCAACCAGAAAUCAGUACAAUGCUGAGGAGUACGCUCAUCUCUUAGCCCAAACAUAUAACACGCAGCUCACUGUACGUAACAAGUUCGUAAUUCUUUUCAUUUUUUAUUUACUGGUGUUGCGGAGGCUUUACAAUCUUGGAGCCAGAAAAAUUGUUAUUGCCGGACAAGGCCUAAUGGGAUGUAUUCCGAGCAUAUUGGCUCAAAGUGCGAGCGGAAGAUGCUCUGAAGAAGUGAACUUGCUGGUGCAACCUUUCAAUUCGAAUGUUAAGACCGUGUUGAGCAAUCUCAACAACAAUCUACCUGCUGCCAGAUUUGUAUUCGUUGAUGUUGCCAACAUAUUCCAGAAUAUCCUUCUUCAUGCUAGAUCAUGAUAAUGAUAUAAUUGAUGGCGAUCAAAGGACUACGUCUUUUAAACUUUUUACUCUCUGCGUGUAGGUUUUACUGUUGUAAACAGAGGUUGCUGCGGCAUAGGAAGGAACAGAGGCCAAAUCACAUGUCUUCCAUUCCAGACAACAGAAGCAGUGAACGCUCUCAUGGGGAUGAUAGCUUUUAAUGGGAACUAUGAAUUCAAUCCAGUAGUUGACCGUUCAGACAAUCGUUGUGGUGUACUGCUAUUUACUCAAUUCAAUCACAACCAACUGUCUUGUAUGAAUUUAGUAGUACUAGUCUAAUCGAACAAAUCAGCUGCUAUGAAUCAACUAAGGAAAUUUAUUAUUAUAUUA